AUGUGGAGGUUUUUUACUCAUGCUUGUCUUGCCUGUGCGUCUUGUAUUGUGGCUAAACCGUCAGAAUAUAAUAGACUUCAAGGAACAGUGACUGACGAUAGCGCUGACACUCCUAGUGUUUGGUCCGGCGGCAGCGUUGACUCUGUAGUAGGAGACAGCCCCGGCGGCAGUGUUUACUUUUCCGUUGGUUCAGCAGCAAGUCGUUGUGACAGCACUGAAGCAGGAAUUAAUAGCAACCAUGAUGAAGGAAACAAUGUGAGUCUCAAAACUCGGCACAAAAGUGGGGACAGUAGGGUUUCAGAAAUCAGUGGCUACUCUGAACCCAGUGAGGAAAAGGGCACAAAAUGGGGCUUUACCCUCAUCAUAAAUAUGAUUAACUUCCCAGAGGGAGGUUUGGAACGCAGAGAUGGUGCUGAAUACGAUGACGAGGCAGUACAGACAUUCUUCGAGAAGUUUGGAUCGCAAGUUGUAACAGCUAGGGACAUGUCGAAAGAGAAAUUGAUGGAGAUGCUGGCUACAUAUUCCAGAGCAGACCAUUCUAAUUACUGUUACUUCUUAUGCUUCAUCAUGUCUCACGGAUCGGAGGAAGGGAUUUACUGCUCUGAUGGGGAACUUGUCUCUAUUGCGGAAAUCGUAGACAAAUUUCGCUCAAGCAAAUGCCCGUCGUUGGAAGGCAAGCCAAAAACGUUCGUCAUGGACGCUUGUCUUGGCAGCAAGCUGCAGAGUAAGUGUCGUGCUGUAACGAACCUUUUCAUAUACAUAGGAUGA